GUGAAUGGAAAGAGUGAUGCCAUUUUGGAGGGGGCAACGGAUGUGACCGGAAGUGGGAGAGUAGGGUUGCUAGGUGUAUCUGAUCAGAGAAGAACUGAUUGACAGUCUUGUAAGUCCCAGAGGGGGAUUCUCAGAGUCACCUGUGAAGCCUGCGCAGAGGGAUGGCUGUCUUUCUCCUAAAGAGAGGAGCCUGGGCAUCUUUAAUGAUUGGCGGGUUUGGCCCGAGGGCCGUGUUGUUUUCCAAACUGGGGCAGAAUCAUGCAAGGCUCAGUCAGGCAACACCAGAGAAGCUGGAGACAUCAAAUGAAGAGGAGGGGAGCAGCUCAGCCCAAAUCACAGCUGGCGUCGAGUCAGAUGCUGAAAAUCAAAGGGCCGAGCUGUCUGAAGAAACGGUAGAAGUGGUGUUCCUGGACAGAUCUGGGCAGCGUAUCCCUGUGAAAGGGAAAGUAGGUGAGAGUGUUCUGUGCCUUGCUCAUAGGUACAACAUUGAGCUGGAAGGCGCCUGUGAAUCAUCCCUGGCCUGUUCCACGUGUCACGUCUAUGUGAAUACAGAGUAUUUCCAUAAACUUCCAGAGCCCGAUGAAAGGGAGGAUGAUAUGUUGGACAUGGCUCCAUUACUGCAGGAGAACUCCAGGCUCGGCUGUCAGAUCAUUCUUACUAAACAACUGAACGGAGCCGAGUUCACUCUCCCCAAAAUUACUAGAAACUUUUAUGUAGAUGGCCACGUCCCAAAACCCCACUGAGUUCUGGGGGCCCGAGACACACCAAAGAAUGCUGGGAAGAACUGCAAGACAAUCGGAAGUGACCGUGAAUUAGGAAGGGUUGAUCAUGCUGAAGAGAAGUCUAUAUUUUGAUAGGUCUUUCUUUUUUUAUAGCUGUAUUGCUGGCUGAGGGCCCUCCAGCACCCAAAUCUUUGAAACAUUGUGGACUCCAGUCGCUGUCUGCACAACCUAAAGAAGCCAUUGCUGCAGGGCAAUGUUACACGUACACAGUUUUUUGUGUUGAAAAAAAAAAAA